CCAACAGCCACACAAACACGCUCCCCUCUCAGUUACACGCACAGUCACACACAUGCCGCACACUACUGCCGCCGCUGCCAGUGCUCACACACAAACAGACACAGUGACGGCUGCCAGGCUCAGUGGGAAGCAAGCCGUCAGGGAGAGAGCUUGAGAAGAAAGGAAGGGAUAGCCGAAGGGGAAGAGGAGAAAAAAAGAGUUGGAGGGGCACCUUGUGGAUCAGAUGGGAUUUUCCUCUGAAUGAGUGUGCGUCUGGAUAAAGCAAUCUGCCUCCUCCUCUGCGAGAGGAGUUCAUAGCAGGGCUUUUUUUCUUCCGUUUUGCUCAUCCUCCUCACCAGCGAUAUCUACCUAUCCAUCUAUCCCCGGGGCUCAACAAAAGAAGGAGGGAGUGAGAGAAAAAAGCAGUCACAGCUUCAGCUCCAGACCACCCUCUCUCCUCCUCCUUGUCCUCUUCCUCCUCCUCCUGUUCUCUCUCCAGCUCCACAUCCAUGUGUGACUUCAUCGCUGGUCUCACUAUCUUUUCAGGAUAGAGCAAAGAGCAGCCUGUUCUUCAAGAUCCAGCUGGACUCCUGCUGGGAUCGGGAUCUCAUCUGCUAGAGGAGAGGAGUUGGAAGAGGGUGACUGGGAAACCCAAGAAGGAGAGGAAGAGCAAACUGAGGGGCAUGUUCAAGGCAGGGGAGAAGAGGAGUGAGUCUAAUUCGUAAAGCGGAGAGUGCAAAGACCCGGCAAGCUAAACCCAACCAUUCAGCCCCCCUUCUCCUCUUCCCUCUCCUUUUACCCUGCUCUUCUUUUAGUCCUGCUCUUCGAUUCCCUCUAUUGUUUCCCAUCUUGCUACUAUCCUUCUGUAUCCUCCUUUCCUCACCCCACACAUCCAUCUCACGCAGCCUCUCUCCGCUGCUUUCCCGGGCAUCUCUUUUCCAGACCCGGGGGAAAAGGCAGUGUUUGUGAUGAUCCCUUACCAGCUCCAAAACAAUCAGACAGACUGAAAUUGCACACACUAUCUGCUCCUCUGUCCACCGCCUCUUCAUUGAAUCGCCUUUGAACCAGUGAGACGGAAUCUCUCUCUGUAUCCUCCACUCCUGGAAACAGCCCCUCUGAAGGAUUCAGGCCAGCAGCUGGAAGCCAUCGUGCCCCACCUGUGAGCUUCUAUCUCCAGCUUCUAGGACCUUCAGUUGCAUUCCAGCUACAUGGGAAAACGUUUGGAGCAGCAGCCAAUGUACCCCCACUACACCUACUACUAUCCCCACUAUCUCCAGACGAAGCAUUCCCAUGCUCCUGUGCCUCCACCCAUGGCUCCACCCAGCCCUAGCACUACAGGAGGAGGAGGUGGAGGUCACGGAGGAGGACUAGUGGAGCAACUUAGUAAAACCAACCUGUAUAUCCGAGGCCUGCCACCUGGUACCACCGACCAGGACCUUAUCAAGCUCUGCCAGCCAUAUGGGAAGAUCGUGUCAACAAAGGCAAUCUUGGACAAAAAUACCAAUCAGUGCAAAGGUUAUGGUUUUGUGGAUUUUGACAGCCCUGCAGCAGCCCAAAAAGCAGUAGCAUCACUCAAAGCCAAUGGAGUCCAAGCACAGAUGGCAAAACAACAAGAGCAGGACCCCACCAACCUCUACAUAUCAAACUUGCCGGUGUCCAUGGAUGAGCAGGAGCUGGAGAACAUGCUGAAACCCUUCGGUCAUGUCAUCUCAACAAGAAUACUGAGGGAUGCCAAUGGACUAAGCAGAGGAGUCGGCUUUGCCAGGAUGGAGUCCACAGAGAAGUGUGAUGUGGUCAUUCAAAAUUUCAAUGGGAAAUUUUUGAAAACUCCCCCAGGCAUGACAGCUCCUGCAGAGCCCUUGCUGUGCAAGUUUGCUGACGGAGGCCAAAAGAAGAGGCAAACCCAGGUGAAAUAUCAUCAAAACGGUCGACCGUGGACACGAGAAGGAGAGAGUGGCAUGGCUUUAACGUAUGACCCCACAGUGGUGCAGAAUGGGUUCUACUCCUCACCAUAUAGCAUCUCCACCAAUCGGAUGAUUGCUCAAACAUCAAUCACGCCCUUCAUUGCCGCCUCUCCUGUUUCCACAUAUCAGGUUCAAAGUACAUCUUGGAUGCCACAUCAACAGUAUGUUAUGCAACCUACAGGUGCUGUGAUCACUCCAGCUGCAGCCAUUGAGCCCAGUUUGUCCCUUCAUCCCUCCAGUGUAAUGACCCCCCUCACCCAGCAGAUGAACCACCUCUCGUUGGGCCCCACAGGCACUUUCAUGUCUGCCGCAGUGGCUCCUAUGCAAGGCACCUACAUUCCUCAGUACUCUGCAGUGCCUGCCUCUGCCAUCACAGUGAAUGGUGUGGUGACAGACCCAUCCUCACAGACCACUGCCCCUUCAUCACAAGAUGCCAGCGGGCAGCAGUCUUUAUCAGUGGAGACUACAGUAGAUCAUGCUACAGCCUACUCAUACCAGCAGACUAAGUAACAAGAGUGGAAGGAAUCAUUGCAACGUUGCCUUCUGAAGGACUGCAUGAUAUCAGUAGUGACAGAAAAUCAAAAUGACGGAGGAAAAAAUCGCAGAGAGGAUAUGGACAACAACGAAUGCCGAAUGCCUCAGUGCAAAGGCAGCGAGCAAAAGACAAAGUCAAGAAAAGAAAAAUAUCCUCUGUACUUGGUUGAAAAAGAAAUAAAAAACAAGCGAUGGUUGAACUAAAGGACCUCAACUUCGAUUUGAUCUUUUUUUUGUUCACCUUUAGACUGGACUUUGGUUCAAAAGGAAGAAAAGAGACAAAGACUGAAGACUCAAAAAUAAACCCACCAUAAAAAAAAAAAUUAAAAAUUAAAAAUAAAAUCAUUUGAAUGUGCAGGAACAUUUUCUGACAUUUUUUUUUUACGAAAAAAAAGGAAGUGAAGUCUAGGAGUAAACAGGCUGUCUUCCUUUGAUAUUAAGCUACAUUUCUGUUCAGUUUUUGAUCAUUUGAUUCGUUUUUUAGAAUGUCAAUGUUUGGUAAAUCUUUAUUGCCUUAAUUUUCUCAAACUUUGGGGGAAAGAAAGUUUCCAUUGUGUUGGACUUCUGAAAAACAAACUUAGUGGUUGAAUGAUUAAGAUGUUUUUAAAGUUUCCCAGAGCCUCUGAGAUGAAAUCUACAAAGCUGUCUGUACAGGAUUUUAAAAAAAGAAAUACUAUUUGUAGGGUUUAAAGAUUAUAUGUUGCAGUGCAGGUAAUCUGAUUAUGAAAGCUCUGUAAUGUGAUUCCUAAGGAGGGUCAAACCACUGCUCCAAGGAGAAUGCAGAUGAUUGUGAGAUAAAAAGCUGUUUCUACACCAUAUUUGAAGUGUUUCUUAUUAUUUUGUGUUGUUUUUUUUUUUUUUUGCUUUGCACGCUUGGCUUGUCUUUCUGAUUAAAGAAGAAAAUAAAUAACGCCUUUGUCAAAAAGCAAAUAAAAAAGUUUAACUUUGUAGAUGUGAAGAGAGCAAUAGUUUUAGUCAAACUGUUGACAUGUUUCAUGAGUCUUUCUUAACUGCUGAGUUAACUUAGCCUGCAGGUGGAAUGUUUUAUACCAAAGAUGAAGAAAAGUGGAAAAGAUCUUCCUUUUUUACAUCUCUAAAGCUUGGGUUGUUCUGUUGCUCGACGUGCUGUUUGUGUGUGAAAUGCUUCGUCAGCAGACUGGUUUCUGAACCGGACGAGUGAUCCAAUGUGAUGAUAAUCCUGUAAGAAACGCAAGAACGGGUCCACGUCCCGCUGAAAAUUGGUCUUAGCUUUUGCUCUUCUAUGUUUGUAUCCACCUUCAUUUUUAACUGCCAAUUUUAAAAUAUUUUGACUGAAAUGUGUGCUUUUCAAUGAAUUAAGUAACUCGAUGUGGCUGCCCAAAUAAAAACCACCAGCCACUAAGAAUCAUGGGUAAAGAAAGGGCUUCUCUAAAACGAACCAUUUCAGCUCAUAUGUCUCAGCCUAGAAGAUUACUUCUCUUUUCUUUUUUUUCAAUGAGAAUUGAUUAUAAUGUGUAAGCUGCUAAUCACUUUUCACUUUUGCGGGCACUGGUUGUCUUGAGAUGAGUGUUUUUACAUCUUCUUGGCUGUGUUGGGGCCAAACUGAAACAGAAAACAGAAGAUAAAGAAAAUAAAAAAAAAACACUAUAUGUCUUUGGUUGAUUCUGUCUUUCCGUGUCGUCAUCUGAUAAAACAGACGGAUCAACCAAAACCAAAUGGGUUCAAACCUUUAGUAGGAAAUAAGCGGUUGCAGAGCAGAACAAGGAAAACAAGGACAAAGUUAGUAUUUAUGACAUUUCUUUUUCUGUUUUUUUACAGAUGUGUAAAAGAAAAUACAAGUGAUAUAUCUUUGAUGAUGCUAUUUUUUUAUUUGCUCAACAACAUGCCCUCCAUGUCAUUGAAGUUGUGAUUAUGAGUGUCUUUAGAAUCAGUGGAUAUUGUUGUAGCUUCAGAUGUGUCUUUCUAUUUUUGUUGGUAUGUUUGUUUUUCUUUUUAGACAAAACUUUCAAUAAAAAAACAAA